AGCACAUGCCCUCAUAUUGCCGUUACGUAAUAAGUGUAAAAGAAAAUCUCCUCAAUUCGGAUGACGGUAAAAUAGCUUCCAUUGACCAAAUAUCGACCAAAACGAUUGUCUUAAACAAUGUUUUGUUCAUAAAGACAUGGACUAAAAUAAAUUUAUUUUACAGAUGAAGAGUGAAUUGGAUGGAUAAUUAUUCGUGUUGUUAAAGGUAGGAAAUGAUCUGUGUGAAUGAAAACUGUAGGCAGCUGAACAUUUUGUAUACCUUGAAUGUGUAAUAUACCAAUGCCAAGCCAGGAAUUCUAACAGGUAUAUAUGUAUGUACUGUAGUAAUACUUCUUAAACGUUGUAGGCCUACUGGAGAAAGAAGAUGGAUUAUAUUAACACGACGCUAUCAAACCAGCCUUUUGCAGAUCUGCCUUCAUUUCAUUAUCAAUAUGAUUACGGUGAUAGCACUGAUAGCACUCUAGAGUCAUCACCAGGUCAGUUUGGAAUAAUUGUGGCCAACGCUCUGACAAUGAUAUUCAUCUGCACUGGGAAUGUUUUCACCAUCGUGGCAGUCUGUGUGACGCCGGAUCUGAGAACCCGAUGCAACAUGUACACUGUGUCCCUUGCCGUGGCGGACUUUUUUACCGGACUGAUAAUACCGUUCUACUCCAGCGACUUGUAUCCGCCGUUCCAGGAGGCCCUGGACGAUCACAAAUACGUCUGUCUCAUUCGUUACGUGUUUCUCUUCACGUUCGUGUCCAACUCCGUCCUGACUAUGAUUGCGAUAUCGGUUGAUAGAUACAUUUUCAUCAAAUACCCGCUGCAUUAUUCCACCAAAUGCAGAGUUGCCACGGUGGCCGCCAUCAUUGCCGGAACAUGGAUCCUGUCGUUCGCAAUAGGAACCGUCCCGCUGUACUAUAAUCUAUGGAAUAAAAACAGGCAAUGCCAAACGUUUCAGCUUCUUCCGGCAAACUACAGACAGUUCACAUUGUGUCCAUUGUAUCUGCUGUGUUGCCUCAUAACUGCUGUGAUCUACGGGUUACUCAUCAGGGAAGCUAUACCACAGCAGCGCAGAGACAGUCAGUGGCAGCUGUUCCACCACGAUAAAAUGUCCUGGUGGAACCGCAAUAAAAUUAAGUCCAUCAAAAUGUUCAUGCUUGUAUUCGGGAUUUUCUUCGUUUGUUGGACACCAAGUUUUUUAAUCAUCCUCAUUGGAUACGGUACGUCUGUAAAUCCCAAGUUAAUUAAGGCUUUCAUGGUCCUGGGUUACCUAAAUUCGGGAAUGAAUUUUGUGAUAUAUGCAUUCAAGGAUCGAAAAUUCCUGAAUGCAUUCAAGUCUUUUGUGGGAAUGAAGAGAAAGUCGGCAAAACAGUCCACUAAGGAAAACUUUGUUUUCAGUAUUGACGGUUCAUCGAAAGAUUCGUUUGAAGGAAGAUUUCAAAACGAUGAUCCAAGGGAAGCACGAUGGAAAUUUUAAAAGUACGAGGAAAAUCUCGCUGACCUGUGUAGAUUCAACACAGCUCGGGCGAUGCUGAUACCAGUGAACAUUCAGCUAAUUACAGAGGACGAUCAUGCAUGGAAAAUAAAAUACGUUCAUGAUUUGUAGACAGAAAUGACAAGGAAUUUGUGUGCGACGGUUGUUGCAGUUUAAAUUUUAUUUAAUUUUUAAAAUUUAUUAUUUAUUUAUUUAUUUAUUUUCAUUUAAAAUGUUGAUUAUUAUUGUGUUGAGGCGGGACGUAGCCCAGUGAUAAAGCGUUCGCCUGAUGCGCGGUCGAUGUAGGAUCUAUUAUCGUCGGUGGGCCGUGGUAUGUGCUAUCCCGUAUGUGGGAUGGUGCAUAUAAAAGAUCCCUUUCUACUAAUGGAAAAAUGUAGCGAGUUUCCUCUCUAAGACUAUAUGUCAAAAAUUAACAAAUGUUUUAACAUCAAAUAGCCGAUGAUUAAUAAUGCAAAGUGCUAUGAAUGAGUUUGACUGUUAUUUUCAUCUUGAUUUUUUCAUAUAAAUUGCAUAUGACAAUA